AUGGCGCCAUCCAAGAACAUCCUGCUGCUCAUUGCGGACGAUCUCGGGCGCGAGCAGAUGAGCUGCUACGGCGCCGAGGUCGACAUCACCCCCAACCUAGAUCGCCUCGCUGCUGCCGGCACGCAGUUUGACUACGCUUUCACUAGCACAGCCUCGUGCAGCGGCAGCCGGACUGUGGUCUACACGGGAACGCACACCCAUGAGAAUGGCAACUACGGCCUGUGCCAUGGGAAGAACGGCUUUCAGACCUUUUCCAACGUCGAGACGGCGCCGCUCCUGUUCAAUAAUCUGGGUUACAAGACGGGGAUACUGGGCAAGAUCCAUGUCGGCCCCGACAGCAUAUACCCCUGGCAGGUGCGAGAGGAGAGCGAGUCACGGAACGUCGCGGCCAUUGCGGACCGGGCUGAAGCGUUCUUCCGCUCGACCAAGGAGGAGGAGAAACCCUUCUUCCUGACGGUAGGAUUUGUCGACCCCCACAGACAGCUACAGACCCGUGGAGGGUUUGGCAAUGUCGAUGGGAACUACGACCCGAGAUUGAAAGAUCGUAUCUUCAGCCCGGAGGAGAUCAAUGUUCCAUCCUUUCUCAGCGACAUCCGGCAAGUCCGACAGGAGUUUGCGGAAUACUACCGUUCGAUCUAUCGUAUGGACCAGGGCAUAGGGCUCAUUCUUGAUGCCCUUGAGCGCGAGAACCUGGCCGACGACACUCUUGUGUUAUUCAUCAGCGAUAACGGCCCGCCGUUCCUCAACUCCAAAACGACGCUCUUCGAGCCUGGCAUCCGCCUGCCAUUUCUCCUCCGCGCGCCAGGCACCUCAACACCAGGGGGCAGAAACCCACAGCUAGUAUCCUACAUAGACAUCCUCCCCACCUUCCUCGACUGGGCCGGCGCCAGCGACAAGCCCUCGGACCCGCCGCCGGCCGGAGCGCCGAAGCGCCUCGGGAGAUCGGUGCUGCCGGUGCUCAACUGCGCGGCGCCGGCGCCGGGCUGGGACCGCGUCUUCGGCUCGCACACGUUCCACGAGAUCACAAACUACUGGCCGACGCGGUUCAUGCGCGACCGGCGGUACAAGUACCACCGCAACGUGUGCUGGAAGCUCGACUUCCCCUUCGCCAUGGACCUCUACGCCUCGCUGUCGUGGGAGGGGAUGCGCAACUCGGGCAGCGCCGCCGCCGACGGGGGCAGGCCCGCCAUGGUCGGCCCCCGGCCGCUGCGGAACUACAUCUGCCGCCCGCCGGAGGAGCUGUUCGACCUCGAGGCCGACCCGCUGGAGCUGGACAACCUGGCCGGCAAGGAAGAGCACGCGGGCCCGCUGGCGGAGAUGAGGGCCGCGCUGGAGGCGUGGCAGCGGCAGACGGGCGACCUGUGGCUGUGGCGGGACGGGGCGCCGCUGAUGCGGUACCUGAGCUCCAACUAUGCGCGCGAGGGGCUGCGCAUCCCGGACAGGUUUGAUUUCGACGCGGACAGGCCUGCGACGGAUGCUGCGCCCAGCGUGCCGUUGCUGGGUUGA